AUGCGCUUGGGCAUUUUCCUGCUGGCUCUUGCCGGCUGUUGUAGUUACGCUAGUGCAACACAAAACUGUCUAGUCGGAAAUCUAGUUGUUUCGGAAAAUGUUAUCACAUCGAAGUCGGUCCAAGUGGUAAGCGAUCCUAAUAUUCGUUCCCUGAUGGUGCCCUACGUGUCACAUUACAGAAAGAAUGUGAAGGAUUGUGCAGAAAGCAGACGGUCACCAGCCCGAGCGGAGGACUCGUCCUUCUGACGUGCGAGGAGAACAAGAUGAUGACGUUCAUCAACCAGGGACAGGCAUGCUCCAGCAGCGAGCUCGAGUCAUCGUGCUUCUGUAAGGGAGACGAGUGCAACAAGGUCGACCUGAAGGAGAACGUUCCAGAGCCAAACGUCUUCGCCGUUCCAAAGUUAGUCUGUGUUAUCGGGCAGUUAUCAAACAGUGAUACGGGCAGUUAGGAGAAGUUAUUGUUGCGGAACAAGUGAUAAGGGAGAGGGGGAACGAGUGUUUGCACUGGGGGCAAGUAUUGGAUUUUUAGAAGAAAGUUGGCAAUUUCAUCGAAACCUUGGAAAAUGUCUGAAAGUCUCGUAAACCUGACGUUUUCUCUGUGAGACCGACAAUUUCUAAAGCACAGUUAGCUCUUGCCUUGGAAUUUCUAUAGAUCAUUUGUCUGCAAAUUAACUCCACAUCAUCACACUUGCGCUUUUUCGGCAACAGUACGCUCCGUUUCAUCUCCGCCGCUUGCAACUAUACUUUGUCCCAGUCCAUGAUUCCGUGAUCACUGUUAACGCGUUUCAAUUUGCCAAACUUCAAACUGAUAACGAUAAUGGAAUAAUUGGCUCGCUUCUCGCUUUGCGUUUGACGCGCUCCUUAUCUGUCCGUGCCUCGCCAUCCACAAACGGGGCAAUAAAACGUGGUUAAGAAGUAGCUCGGCGUUGAAACACGCAGCAAACGUGGCGCGUUUCGAAGCGAUAAGAAGUGCGAUAGUGCGUUUCGAAAGAUUGCGCCAAACGGGGCAAAUGGAAGAAGUCUGGCAACUGAAAGGGACUGACUAAGUGAAUGGGUUUUCAGCAACAUCCUCUGCUACGUCGGAUUCUCCGCCAACAACACCACGCCAGGAAACACCAAUUUCGGAAGCGGAGAUACCGUCGUCUGCUCGCCAGGGAACGCGUGCAUCAAUGUGACCGGAGUCUAUCAAGGAUACGAGGCUACCGUCUACGCGUGCAUGCCCCAGUCCCUCUGCGACUACGUCAUCAACGACCCGACUUUCCAGUCCGGAGUUCGCUGCACCAACCUCCAGGGAACCAACGUCCUGGGAUGCUGUUGCUAUGACGCCGAUUGCCGCAAACUCGCCCCAAACCCGCCGACCCCAUCGCCAUGGAACAAGAACAAUCAGACAUGCUACCAGGGAAUCGCCAUCAACGGAGUGACCAUCACCGGAGGAAGCUUCUCGCAGUGCUCUGGAGAGUGCGGAUCCGCUCGCAUCCGUACCGUCUACAACGGAAACAAUGUCUGGGCCGAGGUGUUCGUCUGCGACCCAGUUGACGUCUUCACUAGCUUGAACCUCGACAACGAGUGCAGAAACCUCGACACCACUGACAUCAACGGAGUCCCGACCGCUCUCAUCACCGGAUGUGCCUGCAACAGCGGAGACAAGUGCAUCGACCCGACCGUCGUGCCGCCAGUCUACCCAGUCAAGCAGUUGAGAUGCGCCGUCGGUCUGUACAACGGAUCAACGUGGCUCGGAGCCGAGAUGAACUGCCAGGGCCGUUGCGGCCGUGUCAAGUUCAACGCCAACGGACAGCAGGUCAGCUACUUUACCUGCAUGCCAUACGACGUCUGCGCGGGAUUCGGACUCGCCUCCACCGAGGGACAGACCUACAACCCGCCACAGGAUGAGGAGCUCGAGGUCUACUGCUGCUCCGCCUUCAACAACUGCAACGUCAACGACCCUUACAUCCUCGGACGCGUCAACAACACCGCCGUCUCGACUGUCAAGUACCCGGUGCUCUGCUACGGAGGAAUCUGGGUAAACGGAGUCUCGAUCACCAACUCCGCCUACGGACUUUGCCAGGGAGAGUGCGCCUCUGCCAGCUUCACCACCACCUUUGCCAAUCAAACCCACAAUGCCACCAUUUACACUUGCGACCCAGUGACCAUGUGCCAACAGGCCGGAAUCUCCAACUCGUGCGGAACCGUGCUCGGAGGAGUCAACGCCUGCUGCUGCGACAAUGAUCUGUGCAUCGACCCGAACAGAGGAGCCCCACGCCCGCAACUCCGUUGCUACGCCGGAAUCUCAAUCCCACAGGACGGCUACAACACCGGAGGAGACCAGUUCUGCGACGGAUGGUGUGGAUCCCUCAGCUCCGUCGUCAACGGAAAGAACGCCACCGUCUACUACUGCGCUCCAGUCACAAUGUGCCGUUUCUUCGGCCUCGGAUUCGGAGGAUCCUACGGAAACUGCGCCCAGAUCCCAGGAGCCGACCCAGCUGUCACCGGAUGCUGCUGUUCCGACUACGACAACUGCCUCGCCCCGGACAACGUCAACGUCACCGCCAUCCCAGCGCGUCGUGACCCAAGAAUCGUCUGCUACGAAGGAAUUCACCUGAACGGAGCCAACAUCAGCAUUCCAUACUACCGCAUGUGCGACGGAGAAUGCGUUUCUGUGUCGCUCACCGGAACCGUCAACAGCUCCUCCCACUACGCCACCGUCUACACCUGCGACCCGAGCAGCUCUUGCGCCGCCAUGGGACUCCGAAACAACUGCUCCACUAUCGACAACGCCGUCACCGCUUGCUGCUGCGAUUCGAACGAAUGCAUCGACCCGACCUACAACCGUGUGCCAGGAAAGACGCUUCUGUGCUACGUUGGAGUGAACACCAAUUACGGAAAUACCAGCGUUGGAGCUGAGGUUGUCUGCGACGGUUACUGUGCUUCGGUCUCUGCCGUAGUCGGAUCCGCUUCGGGCUCUGCCGUCGUCACCGCCUUCCACUGUGCCCCGAGAUCGUUGUGUCGCUCCCUCGGACUCGAUAACUCGAACACCACCCUCUACUUGGACCGCUUCGUCAACGCUGCAUGCUGCGACGUCUUCGAUAACUGCAACGUCAUCCAGUCGGGAGUGAACAUCACUAAUUUCCCACCAGUUGCCCCGAACGAGACCCCACGUGCCUGCUACUCUGGAAUCUUCGUCGGAGGAAGCCAGAUCUCUGACGGAGGAUGGAUCGCCUGCAAGGGAGACUGCGUUGCCGUCAACCUGAACACCACCUACAAUGGAAACGUCACCACUGCUUCCCUCUACACCUGCGACCCUUCGUACGUGUGCAAGGCUCUCAACUCGACCAACAGAUGCACCCAGCUCGACGAAGGACUCGAGUCCUGCUGCUGCGACAGCGACGCUUGCCUCGAUCCAACUGUCACUCCACCACGCAAGCCAUACGGAGACGGAAACCUCUGCUACGUCGGAGCUUACUCUUACGAUCUUUCCGGAAAAACCAUCUUCAACGCCGGAGGAGAAGAGUACUGCCAAGGAAACUGCGCCGCCGUCACCUCGCAGCUCGGAGGAGCCAAUCUGACCGUCUACGCUUGUGUCCCAGCCUACAUCUGCAACAACUUGUAUGUCUACGACUCCUGCCAGUCGAUCUGGUACGACAGAACCAUCACCGGAUGCUGCUGUACCAACGGACCGAACUGCAACUUGAACAUGGUUCAGCCAGAGCCACCAAGACCAGAGCACCCGCCAAGAGGAAGACCACGUCGCGAAUACCCGAUCACUUGCCCAGCUGGACUCAUUGUCGACGGAUACUACCAGACUCCGGUCGAGUUCACCGUCUGUAACGGAGAGUGCGCCUCGAUCAACGUCAACGCCACAAUCAACGGAACCACGCACACCGCCUCCUUCUACACUUGCGAUCCAUCGUCCGUCUGCUACCAGCUCGGAGUGCACAAUAACUGCGCUUCUCCGGAACCAGGAGUCACCGCUUGCUGCUGUGACACCGACGCCUGCCUCGACCCGAGCAGAAAUAAGACCGUCCCAACCCCACCGCUUAAGUGCUACGUCGGACUCUACUCGUUCGCCAACCCGGCCCUCCAGACCGGAGCCGAGCAGCUUUGCGACGGAAAGUGCGCUUCCAUCAACGCCCGUGUUUCCAACGACAACGUAACUCUCUUCGCCUGUGUGCCACAUGUGCUCUGCCGAUCCCUCGAGAUCUACGACGAGUGCGCCCGCAUGGAUCCUUACUACCCAGAGUUCACCGCUUGCUGCUGCGACAACGUCGACAACUGCAACGUGCAGAUCUCGCACCUCAACGGAAUUGUCAACACUUCGGUCCCACUCACUCCACUCAACGACGCCCCGAUCUCGUGCUACUCUGGACUCUUCAUCAACGGAUCCGCCUACAGCGCUGCCGGGUGGCAGACUUGCCAGGGAGAAUGCGUCUCCGUCUCGAUCACCUCUCAGUUCAAUGGACAGGCUGGAACCGCCGCCCUCUACACUUGCGAUCCGUCUCGAGUCUGCCGCAACCUGAACAUGCAGAACAAGUGCACCACUCUCGAAAGCGGAGUCACCGGAUGCUGCUGCUCCACCAACGCCUGCAUCGACCCGACCGUCAACCCGCCACGCACACCAGGAUCCCCACUCUACUGCUACGCUGGAGUCUCCUCGAACUUUACCGUGAACGGACAGCCACUCUCCGUCGGAGCCCAGAUUCAGUGCACCGGACAGUGCUCUUCCCUUUCCGGAAUUGUCAACGGAUACCAGGUCGACACCUACCACUGCGUGCCCAACUCGAUCUGUAACUCUCUUGAGCUCUACGACAACUGCAAGAGAAUCCACGAGGACCGUCAAGUGAGCGCCUGCUGCUGCAACAACGUGAACAACUGCAACAUCGCCAACACGACCAUCGUCCGCCAGUGCCGUCCACCACCACCGACUACGCCAUCGCUUGCUACUCUGGAAUCUACGUCAACGGAACCGCCAUCACCCCGGUCACCCUCGGAGCUUGCCAAGGACAGUGCUCUUCGAUCACUCUCAACACCACCUACAACGGAGCCGCCACUCUUGCCACCCUCUACGGAUGUGACCCGACCUCCGUGUGCCAGGCCCUCGGAAUGAACAACUGGUGCAGCUCCCCUGAACCAGGACUCACCGGAUGCUGCUGUAACACUGAUCUCUGCCUUGACCCGCCAAAGAACAAGACCGUCCCAUCUGGAUUCCGCAAGUGUUUCGCUGGAAUUUAUGCUCUCGGACAAGCCACCGGAUCCGAGAUUGCCUGCCCAGGAAAGUGCGCUUCCAUCGGAGCCGUCGUCAACAAUGAUCCAGUCAACAUCUUCGGAUGCGUGCCAGACCAGUUCUGCCGUCAACUCGAGCUCUACGACGAGUGCAACACCAUCCAAUUCGACCGCGCUGUCACUGGAUGCUGCUGCGACAACUACAACAACUGCAACGUCGACCUCGCCGGACUCACCGGAAAGAUCAACACCUCGAUGCCGGUUACCAACCUCCGCGACUACCCGAUCACCUGUUUCUCUGGUCUCUUCGUCAACAACAUGCCGCUGUCGAUCGCCGGAUGGCAAGCUUGCCAGGGAGAGUGCGCUUCCGCCACCAUCACCACCACCUACAACGGAUCUGCCACCAACGCCACCAUCUACACUUGCGAUCCAGUCAGCACUUGCUACCAACUCGGAAUGAACAACAACUGCACGACCGUAGAGCCAGGACUCUCCGGAUGCUGCUGCUCCACCGACGCUUGCCUCGACCCGACCGUCAACCCACCACGUACCCCAGCCAAUCCACUCAAGUGCUACGUCGGACUCCAGUCCACCUACAACUCGUUGAGCGUCGGAGCCGAGAGCUAUUGCGACGGACAGUGCGCUUCUUUGAGCGGAAUCGUCGCGGGAUACAACGUGACCACCUACCACUGCGUGACUGACAUCAUCUGCAAGACCCUCGAGAUCAAGGACUCGUGCCGCCGCCUCUACGACGACAGAGAAAUCCACGCUUGCUGCUGCAACAACGCCGACAACUGCAACCUGAAGGACCCGAGCAUCGUGCCAGGACCACCAGAGCUUCCGGACUUCCCGACCGCCUGCUACUCUGGACUCGUCGUCAACGGAAACCCAUACACGCCGCUCACUCUCGGAGGAUGCUACGGAGACUGCGCUUCGAUCACCAUCACCACUUCCCUCUACAACAACACCAACCACACCGCCACCCUGUUCACGUGCGAUCCGACCACUGUCUGCAACCAGCUCAACCUGACCAACGCCUGCCACACCCUCGAGCCGGGAGUCUCUGGAUGCUGCUGCGACAGCGAUGGAUGCAUCAACCCGUGGACGAACACCUGGCCAGGACCACUCAACUGCUACGUCGGAGUGUACACUUCUGACGGAACGGUGAAUGCCGGAGCGACUGUGCCAUGCGACGGAUACUGCGGAUCUCUCGAGACCACCGUUGGAAGCACCCUCUACAAGUCUUAUCACUGCGUGCCAAAGACCAUUUGCAAGUCGCUCGGACUCAACAACGAGAGAAAGUCGAUUUCCACUGACAAGGACAUCACUGGAUACUGCUGUACCACCGGAUCCAACUGCCACGUCACCGAGUCUGCCGUCAACACCACCAACACUGUUCCACCGGUAAGAAUCUAGCAUAAUGUUCUGCUCUCUUAAUCGUGCAUUUUUCAGCCAACUGGAAGCCCGAACCCGAUCGCCUGCCGUUCCUCCAUCUACCUCAACGGCUCUCCAGUCACCGCCGAUACGUUCACCGCUUGCUAUGGACAGUGCGCCACUGUCACGUACGCCGCCCAAUACAACGGAACUGGACAGUCCCUGACCCUCUACACCUGUGACCCUACUGCCGUUUGCGAUUCUUUGAGUGAGUCCGAUCCCCCGUCCGAUCCUUCCUAAUCCGCCUCUCGUUCCAGACCUUUCCGACUCGUGCGCCUCCCUCGACGGAGGACUCUCCGGAUGCUGCUGUAACACCGACAACUGUGUCGGACCGAACGUGUCGCCGACGCCACCAGGUGGAGCCGGAUCCUCGAUCACCGUCUCGUUCCUCGCUCUCUUCGCUGCUGUAUAUAUCGCGUUGACUAGACAGUAA